UCUGCGUGGUUUAUCAAUUUCAAUACAAUUGUAUAGCAUUGUAGAGAAAAUGACAGCUUUCAAAAGCAUUCAGUGGUCAUUUAAGAUUCCUUUCUUUUCCUUCCUGUCCCACAGGUACUCUGUGUCUGCAUAUUAACGACAAUCCUAGGAUGUAUAUUUGGCCUGAAGCCCAGCUGUUCAAAAGAUGUGAAAACCUGUAAAGGUCGCUGCUUUGAAAGGACCUUUGGAAGCUGCCGUUGUGAUAGAGAUUGUGUCAAGCUUGGCAACUGCUGCUUAGAUUACCAGGAAACGUGUAUACAACCAGCCCAUAUAUGGACCUGCAAUAAAUUCAGGUGUGGAGAGAAGAGACGACCAGAAUAUCAUUGUUCCUGUUCAGAUGACUGUGUAGAAAAUAAAGAUUGCUGUGUCAAUUAUAAUGCUGUUUGUAAAGGAGAGGCAAGCUGGGUUGAAGAAGAGUGUGAGGACAUUACUGAACCUCAGUGUCCAAAAGGAUUUACCAAGACUCCAGUGUUACUGUUUUCAUUGGAUGGCUUCAGAGCAGAAUAUUUGCAGACUUGGGGUGGACUUCUACCCGUUAUUAGCAAAUUACAGAAAUGUGGAACAUACACUUCCAGUAUGAGACCAGUAUAUCCUUCAAAAACCUUUCCCAAUCAUUACUCCAUCGUCACAGGGCUGUAUCCUGAAUCUCAUGGUAUAAUUGAUAACAAGAUGUAUGACCCCAAAAGGAAUGCAUCCUUUACCCUUAGAAACGAAGAGAAGUUUAAUCCACUGUGGUACCAGGGACAGCCUAUUUGGCUAACAGCUAUGUACCAAGGUCUAAAAGCGGCUGCGUUCUUUUGGCCUGGAUCAGAUGUAGCAGUUAAUGGAACCUUUCCAAACCUGUAUGUAAAAUACAAUAGCUCAAUCCCCUUUGAAGAAAGGGUGGUAACUGUUCUUCGCUGGCUGCAGUUACCUGAAGAUGAAAGACCACACUUUUACACUCUGUAUUUAGAAGAACCAGAUUCCUCAGGCCAUAAGUUUGGACCAGUAAGCAGUGGAGUUAUUAUGGCAUUGCAAAGAGUGGACAACAUAGUAGGCAUGCUGAUGGAUGGUCUCAAGCAAAUGAACUUGCAUAAAUGCCUGAACAUUAUUUUUAUAUCAGAUCAUGGGAUGGAAGCAGGGAGCUGCAGAAAAACAGCGUAUCUGAACAGCUAUAUGGACGAUGUUCAAGAUUUCAUAAUAGUACCUGGUCCUGCAGCUCGCCUAAGACCUAAUAAUGUUCCAGAUGAGUAUUUCUCUUUUAAUUAUGAAGACAUUGUCAGAAACCUCACAUGCCUAGAGCCAAACCAGCCUUUCAAACCUUAUAUGAAACAGCUGUUGCCCAAGCGUUUCCAUUAUUCCUAUAAUGACCGGAUUGAACCAUUGCACUUUUACUUAGACUCUCAAUGGCAGCUUGCUAGGAAACCACUUGAGAUUAAAAGCUGCACAGGUGGAUUCCACGGCUCAGACAAUCGCUUCACUAGUAUGCAG